AUGGAACACCGCGUCGGCGCCGUCGUGACGAGGCUCUGUCUGACACACCGCUGGUCAGCCGGUUGGUGGUGGAACGUCGCAUCGGCAUCGUCUAGACGAGGCUCCGCCUGGUACGCCGUUGAUCAGCCGGUGGGAUGGAUCUCCGAAUUGGCACCGUCGACACGCGCCCAUCUGGUGCACCGUAGGAGACCGCAGGCUUGCGGCAAUGCCGUAAGCCAUUGGCAAAUUCGAGUCGUUCUUCCACUGCCAAAAAAACUCGUGGCCCACAGUGGAGUUCGGCCGCGCCGGCACAUCAAGCAGCCCCUAUUCAGGGGUCAGGGCACUGCUUCCUUCGGGAGGGCCUGGAAAAGCUGGCCUAAAAAUUGCUGGGGAACCACGUCGUCUGCUGGCGCACCGUGGUCGCAGACGCAAAACUCACGGUCGAAACAAUCAAACUCGAAACAACAACAACAACCAUACUCAUUCUCCUCAUCCUACCUCUUCUACCUCUACCUCCGUCUAUUCUUCUGUCUAUUCUUCUCCUUCGUCAUCUUCUUCUCCACCUCCUUCCCAUCGCCCCACUCGUUUUCCCCAGACUGACAGGGUGAGCCCGCUCACUCUGGCAGCCUGGAAUGUUCGUUCCCUUUUAAACAAUCCGAGGAGCAACCAACCGGAACGGAGGACGGCGCUAGUGGCACGAGAACUGGCGCGCUACAAGGUGGACAUCGCCGCACUCAGCGAGACCCGAUUCUCCGAACAAUGUCAACUGGAGGAGGUGGGUGCCGGUUACACCUUCUUCUGUAGUGGCCGAACCAGGGCAGAGCGACGAGACGCGGGCGUCGCCUUCGCCAUCCGGACCGACAUCGUGGGACGACUGCCCUGUUUGCCGCAGGGCAUCAACGAUCGCCUGAUAAGCCUCCGCCUGCCUCUCUGGGGAGGCAAAUUCGCCACCAUCAUCAGCGCCUACGCUCCGACGAUGACCAGCCCCGACGCCGUCAGAGACAAAUUCUACGAGGACCUGCACGCCCUCUUGGCGACUGUGUCGAAGGCGGACAAGUUGAUUGUCCUUGAUGACUUCAACGCCCGCGUCGGCACAGACCAUACUGCCUGGAGAGGAGUGCUGGGUCCCCACGGUCUCCGCGGCUCCAACGACAACGGCCUGCUUCUCCUCCGCACCUGCGCAGAACACCGCCUCACCCUGACGAAUACCUUCUUCUGUCUGAAGAGCGAGAGAAGGCCACCUGGAGGCAUCCUCGGUCGCGUCAGUGGCACCUGCUGGACUAUGUCCUCGUCCGGAGGCGAGAUCAGCGGGACGUGCUGGUGACGAAGGCGAUCGCGGGUGCUGACGGGCGGACCGACCAUCGCCUCGUCAUCUCGAAGAUGCGUAUUCGCCUACAGCCUCGCAGGAGACCACAAGGUAAGCGACGCCCAGGUAAGCUGAAUGUUGCUUUGUUGUCUUUGCCUGCUCACCGUCUCCAUUUCAGCAAUGAACUAGCUCAACGGCUAGACAACCUUCCUAUCGCUGCCGCCGCCGACGACGCCGCCGACGACGCCGCCGCCGCUGCCGAGAACGCCUCCGUGGAGAACCGCUGGUGUCAACUGCGUGACACAGUCCAGUUGACGGCGCUCGCCGUCCUCGGUUGCGCUCCCCGCCAACACCAGGACUGGUUCGACGACAACGACGCUGCCAUCAGAAAUCUGCUAGCCGAGAAGAACCGCCUACAUAAAGCCUACGUAGAGCACCCAACUGAGGGCAACAAAACUGCCUUCUACCGCAGUCGCCGACAGCUUCAGCAACGACUGCGCGAGAUGCAGGACGCCUGGACUGCUCGCAAAGCUGAGGAGAUCCAAGGCUACGCGGACCGCAACGAAUGGAAGAACUUCUUCUCUGCGAUCAAAGCUGUCUACGGUCCGCCGACGAAGGGCCCUACUCCUCUCCUCAGGGCCGACGACAGCACUCUCCUGACUGAGAAGACGCAAAUCCUGCAGCGAUGGGCCGAGCACUUCCGAGGCGUCCUCAACCGCGCUUCCGUCAUCUCCGAAGCCGCCAUCGCCCGCUUGCCGCAAGUGGCGACCAACGCGGACCUCGACCUCCCGCCAUCUCUCCAGGAAACGAUCAGGGCCGUGCAGUAG